AAUGACUCAAACCAUCAGUUUCAAAGAACUCAGUGAUAUCAUGUAUGACGCCUGAAUGCUAGAACACUCAAUGUACUCUGAACCGUUCAGGAAGAUCCUUGAAGAAAAUUAUCAGAUCGCCGAUUAUGAUAAAAUUCCAGUGAAGACUGUCUACAAAGCUCUUGAGCAUUGUCCACCUAUUGGUGAGCUAGCCACCUUCCCAGCAGCCACGAAUCGUAUUUCAGGAGGAUGAAACAUUGAGCUGAUCAAAGCAUCUAUCCAAAUUAUCAAAUAAGGGCUUAAUGAACAGAAUGCAGAUCAAAGAGGCAGUCCAAGCUUACCUUUAUACAACUCGAGAGAUUGGUAAAGAUUGGAUCCCUCUUGACCCGGAAAUCAUUGUCAAGUGAUUCAGAACUAUGGGGAAAUCCAUGAGCAAGAAAUCCAUCCAAAAAUGGAUAGAAGAGUACUUCAAAGACAAAGAAUUUCAUGAGAUCAAAGAAGAACCUCCUCUAACAGGAUACAAAUAUACAGAUGAUUGCAUCAAGGAUCGCCCAGUCAAGCCUGCUGAUGGCCUCUAUCCACACGAAUUCAUCUUCCUUGUCGCUCAUGCAGACAACAGAAUUCGUAAACUCAAAGAGUUUCCAUCAAGCCUUAAGAUGCUAAAAUCAGAAACUCAAAAUAAAGGAGUGAAGGUAUUCCUUUUAUCAAAGAAUCACAGAACAAAAGAAGCGUAUAACCCUAUAUAUCACAUGAACAUGGUAUACCAGAAGAUGUCCAAGGACUUUAAGUACAAGGCUGGGUAUGAUUUCUACCCUGAUUUCAAGAUCAAAAAGGAAGGUUACCCAACUCCAACCCCCAAAAAAGAGAAACGUGGAGCCAGUUUGUACACCAUCAAGGGAGAGAAACAGGCAAUCGCUUCGCUAAAGCUGAACAUUUCCUACAUUGAAAACAGCCUUAAUAAUACUUAUCAAUUCCUGAACGAGCCUCAUACUAUUAACCCAAAUAUGCUUCAGAAAUAAGAAUUCGAGAAGAUCCAGGAGAAGCAGACCCAGGAAGAUAGGCCAGAAAUUCAGCACAACUAGUGUGAUCAAGCCGAAAGUGUUUAACAGAACAUUGUCAAGACAGGGAACAAAGAAGCCAACCAAAUCUCCUAAAAUUUCAUCUUUCAUCGAAUCAGACAGUUUUGCUGAGGAAUUUGAGAAAGACCAUUUCCAAAGCAAGAAUACGACUAAUGUAACUAAAGUCCCACAUGUUUAUGAUACCAUCAAAGAAAAUAUUAAAGAAAAGGAAGAAAGACUCCGAAGAAUGAAGAUUAAUCCUAACAUUACUACCCUUGCUUCUGAUUCAGCAACUAUAGAUAGAUGGUCCAAGAAAUAGCAAUAUCAGCACUUCAGUGACCAGAAGAAGACCCCAAACUGCAAAUUUCUAUACCAGCAAGUCAAGAGAUAAGCGAAUUCUAAACUAUAACGAUUCAAAAAGAAAUUUCAGCUCCAAAAAGAGAAGAACUCAGGAGAAGUCAUUUGGCAACAAGCCCAAAAUCAAAGAGGCCUGGAGCAUCUACCAUGGGACCCAGUCUGGCUUCUCUCUGCAACAGAAGAACUCCAAAUGGUCAGUUUACGAAGGAAAUUAGUUUCAAUAUUGACCGAAAUGCCU